GAUCAUGGCUCUACGAAAUUACUUCCGCUCUCCGGCAGUACCAGAUCCACUCAGUGCGUCCCACGGGGAGAAUCCUUGGGAAUGGAGCGUACGGCGAAGUACUGGAGGCAAAGAUACCGGGGUCCUUAUGCGCCGUCAAGAAGAUGCACGGAAUUUUAGAAAGAGAGGUGAGAGGUUGGGUUGACCAAGAAAUGGUGGAAGAGAACCGACGCAAGUUCGUGCAGGAGUGCGAACUGAUGAGUCGCCUACGCCACUCCCACAUCGUGCAGUUUCUGGGAGUGUGCGAGUUCCCGGGCUCCGACACGCCGGCGCUCGUCACGGAGCUAUUACUAACAGAUCUCCAUUCUCUGCUCCUGCCCCUGCCCCGCACUCGCGGAGUCGCUCGCCCACCAAGCCGCACAUCCCGCUCGGCUUCAGGUAUUGCAUCCUCCGCGACGUUGCUCGAGGGCUGGUUUUCCUGCACAGCCAGGAUUCGCCCAUCAUCCACCGCGACCUCACUGCAACCAACGUCCUCCUAAAUUCAGCCAUGGUCGCCAAGAUUGCAGAUCUGGGAGUGGCUCGCCUCAUUCCGGAAGACGUGGGUCCUCUAACCAAAGGUCCUGGCAAUGCAGCAUACAUGCCUCCCGAAGCACAGGGAGGUGAAUACAACGAAUCCCUCGAUGUUUUCUCACUUGGCGUUCUGUGUCUCUCUAACUCUGACACAAACCUUCCCUGACCCUCUUCCAGUCAAGUACCAAGAAAGCGGACAAACUCGCUACCGCACUGAAGCUCAGCGACGAAGUGCCUUUCUUGAACAGCUACCUGAUGAGGUAAAAGCGCAGGGUCGACUCUUUGAUACAAUUCAUCAGUGUCUUUGUGACAAUCCUGGAGAGCGACCAAGCGCUCAAGAAGUUCUUCCUCUCCUGGAGUCUGCCGCAGAUGAGACCUCAGAAGAAUUCACGAAAAAGAACAUGCUCGAGUUAGCCCAAAUGAUCGAGAGAGAGCGAGAGGAAAAUUCACUACAGAGGCUCCAAGACGAGAGAGUAUUCCAACAGAUAGUUGCAGAAAAGGAGAGAGCAUUUCAAAUAGCAUUGACAGAGAGAGAGCGAGAGUUCGGAUUAUUGAUGGAAGAAAAGAAAAGGGAACUGGCAGAAAUGCAGCAGGAGAAAGAAGAUGCAGUGCAGCAGAAGGAAAGUGAAAUUAUUGAGGAACUAACAGGGAUUCUGGGGAUGUGGGGGUAGUCGUGGGCCCUGACUAGGGGAGAGGGAGCAGAGGGUGGUGGGAUGGGCAGGGAAAAAGAUGGGAUUUUCAAAGCAACUGCUAAGUCUAAGAAGGAUGUGAUUCCCCUGAAGAAAGCAAAAUUGUCCGAGAACGACAGUCAAGUACUGACAACACUGGGACUACCUCCAGACAAGUGGAACAACCUCGAUGCUCUACUGGCUCUCUACAACAAGACUGAGCUCUACGAUGUGUUCUCAGUCCAAGUCAGCAACCCUGGAAUGGAGCUAAGCCGCAAAUACGUACUGGGGCAGAUAGAGUUUCUGCUCCAAAAUUCAGCAAAAAAGCCCCAUGGAGCUGUGCUCCACUACUAUGGGAAUGGUCGGAGGGACACUGGUGACUGGUGUUUCAAUGAUGGCUUCAUCACCUUCAGAGACAUCACUGAUCUCUACAUGAAAUACAGCCGUGGUCGAUGCCUUACCAUAGUCACUGACUGUCAUUCCUCAGGACGGGUGAGGUGUGGCCUGGAGGAGGAGAAAAAGUGCAAAAUAUCCACUGACACCACCUGGUCCACCGCUGGGGAAGUGAUAGAUCACCCACAAUCCUUACUGCGAGGAACAAACCAAGGAACGGAGACUUUACAGCAGCAGCAGCAAGGUAGUAUGAUGGAACUUGAAGAAAGACUCAAAUUUCUAAAACUGUUUGAAGGCGAUCGUCAAGUUCUGACAGAAUUAAGCAUACCUCCAGACAAGUGGAACAACCUCAACGCUUUGUGGGCUUUCUACAACAAGAUUUCCGAUGAGGUGCUCCCAGUCCAAGUCAGUAGACCUGGAAUGGAACUUAGCUGCAGCCACGUACUGAAACAGAUUGAGCUUGUGCUCGAAAAUUCAGGGGAAAAUGCUACACUACUACUACUACUCACUACUAUGGCAAUGGUCGGAGGGACACUGGUGACUGGUGUUUCAGGGAUGGCUUCAUUACCUUCAGAGACAUUGCUGAUCUCUACAUGAAGCACAGCCGUGGUCGAGUCCUUAUCAUAGUCACUGACUGUCAUUCCUCAGGAUGGUGGGCGAGCCAGUGUGCCAAGUUCCUGGAUGAGCAGGGAGUGAAGCCAUGUGGACACUCAGCCAGGGAGAAGGGCAUUCUUCUGAAGGUUGCAGCAUCAUGUGAGGCAGGCCAAGACUCAGCAGAACUAGCCUACACCACACGAGCCAUGAAAGCUAGUGGUGAUUGUGUGUCUUACUUUCCUGGCCAAGAGCUUAGUACUCAGCAGCAUACGUCAAGUUUUGAUUGCACAAGCAUACAGUGUGGAAAGAGUGAAGAGGAGGAGUG